AUGUCUGCUUCUGUCUCAUCCACCAGCGCCCCGUACUCCGAGCUCCCCGCUGCAAACGUCAAGUUGUUCGAAGCAAAGGCCCGCAAAGGUGCGACGUUCGAUGAGAUCGCCAAGGCGGUCGGGAAGGACGAAAUCUGGGUCGCCGCAGCGUUCUACGGCCAGGCGAAAUUUGCGCCGGAGGACCUGCAGAAGGUGUCCGAGUUCCUGGGACUCGAGCAGGCGUCGCUCGAUGCUGAACUUGGUGCACACUGGUGGCCUAACCGGGGACUCGGCCCGAUGCCGCCGACCGACCCGGUUUUGUAUCGGCUAUACGAGGCGGUGCUGGUCUAUGGACAUGCCAUCAAGGCCGUCGUUCAUGAGAAGUUUGGGGAUGGAAUUAUGAGCAUGAUCGACUGCACUGUCACCGUAGCGAAGAAGGAACAUCCUAAGGGAGACCGUGUUGUGCUUACUUUCGAUGGCAAGUUCCUCCCGUACGCAAAGUGGUAG